ACUAAAAUUCCCGGUUGUUCUGAUGAUUUCGUUACUCUCGAAAGUAGUUUUAGAAAAGUUAGUCGUUCUUGUCAUAUAGCGUCGUAUAGUCAGACUUUCAAUAGUUUUUAAAAAUUACUGAUCGCAUUUAAAAAGUGGCAACAUCUUGAAUAUGUAAGUCUAUUUCGUGAAAGCUGUCGUGUAUAUUUCUCGGACCUAUGACUUCAGUGGACGUAAAAACGAGGCUGAUUAGUAUAUAAGUGUAAAGACAGUAUGCAGAUACUAAAUUACUUAACCUGAUUCCUACUUCGCAUAGUCCUGCGCAAUUGUGGGCUCAUUUAUAAGGUCUAGAUAACUGUGUGACCACUCCGCCUGUACUUACGUCUGCUAUCCCAUCCUUCAAAGAGAUUUUUUGGCAAUCUACUAUAUGUUGGACAGGAUAAAUAAUAACGGUUGGUACAGCUUGCUUUAAGUGUUGUGGACGUUGAUGUUAGAGCUAGCAAUUAAUUAUUUGUUUCUCUUUAGAAAUAAGUGUAUAUAUCUCUCAACUUGUAGGAAUGUGAUACAACCAUGCAACCAUUGGUCGACUGCAUCGGCCAGCAUGGCUCAGACAAAUUUAUUGAUUAUAUGCUGAUAUCACAUGUUUGUUAUUGUGGCUCUUAUUUUGAAUGUCCCGAUUUUACAUAUUUCCACAACUGAACAUGACUUUCUAAUUCCUUUAGAGUAGUUAAGUGAUGCUGUUUACAUAAAACGAUGGUUAAUCACGGUCGACUCAGGUGACGUUUUCGUGAAGCUGGACGAAUUGUAUGUGAUUCUAAAUUUGUAUCGCGCGUUGUUUUCAUACAGUUGAUUCCAAUAAAUUAUAGAUCGUAUUCGCUGCACAACUUAUCAUGUUACUGUUUUUCUCUUCUAACGACAUCAUACAGGUUAUUUUUUCACUGUUUGCUAUUACACUAGUUACCGGAAAUCAAAAUGCAACUCAAUGGAACGUUCGACGUGAAGUUAGGUAGAAGUUUUCUAGAUCGAGAUUCAACAUCCUACAUGACCAUGCGUUGUGAUUUCAUGCCAGCUUCUGUCGAUCGUUCACAACCUGGGUCAAUCAAAGUAAACGAGAGCAAAGAAGUUGUUGUUAGCCUGCCAAAUGUUACAAACUCUGGACCAGAUACAGCAACUUUGUUUCGUGGAACCGCACGUCCUGUCCAAAAAGAAUGUAUUUUGAUCUACAAUAAAAAGACUCAUGAAUUAACCUUGGAGAGAAUUGCACAUACUGUACAGCUAAAGAAAACCCGAGAAGAACGAAAAUCUGACGCCACUUGUCCGACCAACUCAGAAAUGCCACAGUCCCAGUCCUUGGCUGGCCGCUCAGAACAAGAUUUAAAAUCUAUUCGACCAUCUCCAACCAAAAGAAAAUCUAAUGAUCCGGAGAUAUCGACUUCAAGUACUAUAGUACAGCAGCCAACUCAAAAAAAGCCCCCACAUUCGAGAACGCUAAGUAGUAGUAGUAGCAGUAGUAGUAGUAAUAGUGGUACUUCUAGUAGUAGUUGUGACAUGGAUAUUGAAACAUCGGAGAGUGAUAGUGACAGCUCCUCAGAAAGUGAUUCAAAUUCAUCUACUCUUAGUAGUUUGUCAAACGAUAGAAGCAAAACAUCGAAAGCAAAACCAUCUUCAAAUGGAAAAACUAAUACGAAAACGGUCAAUACAACAAAUUUAGCAGCCCAUCGCAAACUGAUUGAACAUGAUUUAAAAUUAAGUGAUUCUGACUCUGAUUCUAGUGCAUAGAAUGUUCUAGGAAAAAAGGUUGUUUCCUGUGAUUUGUGCUGUAAAUAGUGAUUCUUACUAUAAAAAAACAUUAAAGAAGUAUGUACCACUUUUCCGUAUAUGAUUAUCUCUUAUGAUUGAUUUCAUUUGUCUUUAAAUAAAUACUGUUAUUUACAUAAA